AAUUUAAUUCUGUUGUUAACAUAAUCUUUUUUUUUUUUUUUUUUUUUUGCGUACAAUGGUUUCUGGGUUCUGAUUCUCACCUUUGGAUCUUGAGGGCAUUUUGAGAAAUCAAGCGUUGAAUGUUUGGUUUCUACAUGGGUUUCGUUGAGGGCUGAAGGUUGUAUCUUUAAUUGAUGUUUAAUCUGCAUGAUUGUCAAAUUACCAGAGUAUUUCAUUGUUUGGAUUCCAAUGAUUUCGAUGUUAUUGGCAGCUUGAGGAAUUGUGUGUAGCAUAGGUGUAGAUAAAUUUGUUCUUUGAUUUCUCUCAAUUUCAUUAAUUGUUGAGAUAUCCUUUUGGUUUUUCCUUCUAUGUUCCCUGGAUUAGUUGUUGAACUUGAGAUCACCAAGUCUUUGACGAUUUUCACUAUUCAAUCAUCAAAUAUUUUUUUUCCUGGAUUAGUUGUUGAACUUGAGAUCACCAAGUCUUUGGAAUUACAAGGUAGUUGGCUGCAUUUGGUCUCAUAAUAUAUAAUGUCAGUCUCAUCUUUUUCUCCAAAUGCUGUUUCUUCUAUUAUGUGCAUUAGCAUUCAUUCCUUCAUGGAUCCCGUUUGUGCAUCUUUUAACUAAUUGUUUGAGCAAGGCCAUUUUGAACUCAAAUGGCUUUAGUCAUCUUCAUAUUAAUGCGUUAUUACAGGAUCCCUCCACCCAAUUACAUUUGACUUUUCUAUGGAAUCUCCACCAUCUGAUGUGGUUGGAACGUCCUUAUUAACUCAAGUCAACUCUCAGUUUGUGUGUUUGGCAUGCUUGUAUUUUUAAUUGUUUUUUUUUACUUUUAAAAUUCGUUGAACUUUGAAAAGAAAUGCAAUGGGCUUUUAAAUUGAUAUAUCGAGGGAAUUAGUGUAGUUUUUUUAUUUUAUGUUUGUGCUCUUCUUGUCCUUGUAGUGUUUUCAUUCUCUAACAUGCCUUGCAUCUGGGUUCCAGUUUAGGCGUCAAUGGGGAUAUUUGCAGUAUGAUGCUUUUCGAGGGAUUAGAUGCAAGUACUUGGUUUUCUCCAUCUAUUUUAUGUUUUACAUAUUCUUAAUGCUUAAAGAUGUAGCUUAAAAUAGGGAGAAUAAUUGAGAGAAAAAGAAGAGGAAGAAAAAGUGACCAUCAUUAAAACAUUUUGUUUUGUUUUCUCUACUUUUUUUUUCUUUUCUAUGUCACCUAUAUACUGUUGUGAAUCUACAUUUUCCAUGGGUUUAGGAAUUGUGCGCGAUCCAUCAAAAUGCAGUAAGUUGAGUAUGGAUGAAAAAAGAGAACUUGUCUAUGAAAUAUCAAAAAGGUCACAUGGUUCUGAAAUGCUACAGUCAUGGAGCCGUCAGGAGAUUCUACAGAUCCUUUCUGCAGAAAUGGGGAAAGAGAGGAAAUACACUGGCUUGACAAAGGUGAAAAUUAUAGAGAACCUUCUGAAAAUUGUAUCGGAAAGGAAAUCAGGGGAGCAAGAGCCCAUAACAGACCUAGAAGCUCCAUCUUCUCCAGCUGAUGGCCCAAGAGCUUCAAAGAGGCAGAGGAAAACUGAUCACCCGUCACGAUUAGUUGUUCCAGUGAACAGUCUUUCUAGAAACGAUGAUGGAAAUGAUUUAGGUAGCACCACAUACUGCAAGAACUCAGCAUGCAGAGCAACCUUAAAAUGUGACGAUGCAUUUUGUAAGAGAUGUUCAUGCUGCAUCUGUUAUCAGUAUGAUGACAACAAGGAUCCAAGCCUGUGGUUAGUUUGCAGUUCAGAGGCUCCAUUUGAAGGGAAUUCGUGUGGCAUGUCUUGCCAUCUUGAAUGUGCCUUGAAGCAUGAAAAAUCUGGCAUUGGAAAAGAUGGAAAACUUGCUGGACUUGAUGGGAGCUAUUACUGUGUUUCUUGUGGCAAAGUGAAUGACUUGCUCGGUUGCUGGAGAAAACAAUUGGUGAUGGCAAAGGAAACCAGACGGGUGGACAUACUGUGCUAUCGUGUCUCCUUAAGCCAAAAGCUCCUCAACGGGUCUCUCAAAUACCAAAAGCUUUAUGAGAUUGUCAAUGAAGCUAUGAAGAAGCUUGAGGCUGAAUUGGGUGCUUUGGCUGGUUUGCCUGUAAAGAUGGGAAGGGGGAUUGUCAACAGGCUUUCUUCCGGACCAGAGGUUCAGAAACUUUGUGCUUUGGCUGUGGAAUCAUUGGAUAACAUGCUAUCCUAUGCCAAUUUACACCCAUUGCCCAAUCCAGCGAUACGAGAUCCAAAUUUUAUUGCACCAACAAUGGUGAGAUUUGAAGAUGUUGGUCCUACUUCCAUUACUGUGGCUUUUGGUUCGGAGAAUUUCUCACUGGGGAAUGAUGUUUAUUCCUUAUGGCAUCGUAAGGCUCAGGAUCUGGAAUAUCCAGCAGAACCAACUUGUAAGAUACUUGAACCAAAUAGAAGGUUUGUUGUCGAAGGUUUGACUCCAGCUACUGAGUAUCAUUUUCGAGUUGUUUCUUUCAAUGGUAAAAGAGAGUUGGAUAUGCCUGAUGUUAAGAUUGCGACUAGCAGUCAUGAGAAUGAACUUCCAAGCUGCUCAGUACUGGAAAGAAGUCAAAGUCCAGUAACCAAUUGCAGCAGCCUUUCUAAUCCAUCUUCGGUGGAAGAUGAAACAAAUAACAAUACUUCAUUCAGUGACCAAACUGAUAACAGGGCAGACAAUUAUCGUACUCACUGCAUGGUCACUGGUAAAAUUAGUUGUGCAAACUUGUCUAAUGAUGCCAUUGAUAGCAUUGUCCCUGGUGGAGGGGAAACUCCUGUAGAUGCGGUGUCUUUGUUGGAUGAAGGAGGAGCCAACGGAUUAAUUGGCUCUGGACUAAAUUUGGAUGUCCUAAAACUUGACAACAAACAACCUCCAGAAGAUCAGAUUGUUGAGGAGAUGAGUGCUGCUACUGGGUUAGACACCCUGGUAGCUGGCAUGGAACGGGUGCCAUAUGUGGGUAGGUCAGAAGACAAUUUGCCCAUUACUCCAUUCAAGUUGGAGAAGGUCAAAGAUAUCCAAGUAAGGAAUGGAAGAGCCAAAUUCAACAAGAAGGGUCUAGAAAAUGGUACAGGGAGAGGGGAGGAGCCCCUCAAUGGCAGCACAUCUAAGAAAAGUGUGGAAAGGAAGGAUGAGGAGUGCAGAGCAAAUGGUCUGCCGGACUCCGACUUUGAGUAUUAUGUGAAGGUAAUCAGAUGGUUAGAAUGUGAGGGACAUAUAGAGAAGAAUUUCAGGGAGAAAUUUCUAACUUGGUACAGCUUGAGAGCUACCCCGCAAGAGUUACGGGUUGUGAAGGUUUUUGUCGACACUUUUAUUGAAGAUCCAGCAUCUCUUGCAGGGCAGCUUAUGGAUACCUUUGCGGAAAUUGUUUCAAACAAGAGAUCAUCUGCUGUGCCAUCUGGUUUCUGCAUGAAACUUUGGCACUGAUGAGCCAUACAAUUGGUCCUGGUAUUUAUCAUCUAUUUUUCUCUGAAAACCUGUUUGAGGAAGGUUUAUUAGUAUUUAUUUAGAUCCCAUUAACAUAUUCUUCAUUUAGACACUAUUAUCAUUCAUUCCUGUCAUUACUAUUUCUGAUUCUUAUGAUGUAAGAAUGUUGAGAUUCGUUUCUUUUUUACGAUACAAUCUCCAUCUUAUUAUUAAUAUUUUA